CCGUGCUCGUGCUGUUUCCAUCAACCCGCUUGAUACCAGAAUGCGAUCAGGUUAUGGUCGCUCAAUAUUUGAACCACUUCUACCGGUCAUUUUGGGCCGUGAUAUCAGUGGUGAAGUUGCGGCUGUUGGUUCUUCAGUUCGUUCAGUAAGUGUUGGAGAAGAAGUUUUUGGUGCUCUGCAUCCAACUGCUGUGAGGGGUACUUACGCUGAUUAUGCAAUACUUUCAGACGAUGAAUUAAGUGCUAAACCAGUGUCAUUUACACAUGUGGAGGCAAGUGCCAUUCCUUUUGCUGCACUGACUGCAUGGCGGGCUCUAAAAAGUACUGCUAGAAUCACCCAGGGGCAUAGGGUAUUAGUAAUUGGUGGUGGAGGAGCCGUAGGUUCUGCUGCAGUUCAGAUUUCAGUUGCUUCAGGCUGCCACGUCACAACUACUUGUGGAAGUCAAAGUAUAGAUAAAUUACUUGCAGCAGGUGCUGAGCAAGCAGUUGACUAUACUACCGAGGACAUUGAAUUGGUAAUAAAGGGGAAAUUUGAUGCUGUUUUGGAUACCAUUGGUGCGCCAGAUACUGAACGAAUUGGCAUCAGUCUUUUGAAGAGAGGUGGACACUAUAUGACACUUCAGGGUGAGGCUGCAUCAUUCACUGAUAAAUAUGGGCUACUUUUCGGGCUCCCUAUAGCUACAAGUGUAUUGGCGAAGAAACAGAUACAGUAUAGAUACUCUCAUGGAAUCGAGUAUUGGUGGACAUACAUGAGGGCGGAUUCUGAAGGUUUACAUGAGAUCAGGAAGCUAUGUGAAGCUGGAAAGCUGAAAAUACCAGUCGAGAAAACAUUUCCCAUCUCACAAGUGAGAGAAGCCCACAACGCGAAGGAUAAGAACCUCAUUCCUGGUAAAGUGGUGCUAGAGCUGGAUUCCCUUUGAUAUAAUUCAUGUAUGCUUAAUAUGCUGACUCACAUGCAUUGAAUCCUGUAAAUAGUUUCCUCAGCCGUUAUCAUUGAUAUCGCUUCGGAACUUUACAGGAUGUGAAAGUUCUAUACGUAGUAGAUUUAGUUUGCAAGCUGUAAAAGUUUGAGAAUGCAUCCCUGUAGUCGAUUUAACCGCUAAGUCUAUAGAUUUUGCCAGAUUAGAAGUGGGAAAAGUUAGAAAAGAGAUUCAAUUUGGCCUGCUGUUAGAGACACUAUAGUGUUUCUUAAUGAUGAAUAAGAAAUUUCAUUUCUACUUCUCCUA